GCAGAAAGAUAACAUGUCAGGAGAGCUAGAUACUUAUGGAUUUCUACAGCAGAAAGAUAACAUGCCAGGAGAGCUAGAUACUCAUGGAUUUCUAAAGCAGAAAGAUAACAUGUCAGGAGAGCUAGAUACUCGUGGAUUUCUACAGCAGAAAGAUAACAUGUCAGGAGGUCUAGACGCUGAUGAAUUUCUAGCGCAAUAAGAUAACACAUCAGGAGGACUAGAUGCUCAUGGCUUUCUACUGGAUCCGGAUCCAAAUUGGAAAAUAUCAACCAAAAGCUGUAAAAAAAAUUUUUCUUUCAAAACCCAAAUCUAACUUUUAAAAAAGAGAAAAUAUUUUAAACAAAUUUUAUCCCUGAAGGCUCAUCGAGUUUUCGCAUGAAAAUAAGCGAAAAGUAAUUUAAUUCAAUUCUUCUAUUUAAAAAAUCAGUUGUUCUUAAAAAAAUGUUAAUUACCUGGAUCCAUUUAUCAGGGCGCAUCCAGGACAUCAAAAUUAAAUGGAUCAUAAGCACUGCGGUACUAGCCUCAUCACAAAUACAUCAUUAUAGUUACCUUACUACUAGCUCUUCAUCAUAUCAGGUUCAUGGAUUAUGAAUUUGAAGGUUCUUACCUAACUCCGUAUCUACAACAUAUCUUAUCUGAAAAAGAUGCGUAAAAUAUAGCUGCCGAGUUGUUUGUUGUUUACAGGUUAAAGAUAAGAAUUGAACUUGAAGAUUAGUUUUCAACUCUUCGUAACCUGUGAAUAUGCUGUUCCUUGGGAUACUCCUCGUUUAUAUUAGUUUAGUUGAUGGAUGUGGUAUUUCUACUCAUACAGAGAUAGUCUGGAGAGCAUUAGAUAAACUUAGAUCAGUGCAGUACAAAUACAACCAUACAAGGACAAUAGUAGAUAUUUUGGAGAGAAACCCGGAUGCACUCCAGGCUGGGGGACCAUUUCCGGAUGCAUUCUACAACUCACUCUGCUACCAGGGAAGGUAUCACAGUGAGAGCGAGGACACCCAUUGGGGUUUAUUUCUCCAGGUGUCUCUUGAGUACAUUCGGACUGAGUACCCGUCCCUGGACCAACGUUCAGAGAAGAUUAUAGCUUUCCUCUUUGGUAUUAUCAGCCAUCAGGUUGCUGAUAUAACGUGGCACAGUUUACAAGGACUGAAGCAGGGAUUUAUUCCUGCAUUAGCCGCCCUUAAUUUCAGAGGUGAUUUCAACGCUGCGCAUGAUUUUGCAGAUGUAGCUGGAGAUAUGAUUGGAGUGUAUGAAUGGAAUGUACAGUUGUAG